AGUGCAGCGCAGUGCAAGGAUCGUGUGGCUGCGAGGCUGCGGCUGCGGCUGCGACGUCCCAAAAUUGGACGCACCCAGGGCAGCGGAUAUAAAACCCCGACUGAACCUGCGGUGGUGAAGGUUCUCUCCUCUCCAGCUCAAGCAAGUGCAGUGCACCGCCCGCCCAUCCUCCGUCGUGUUCUCUCGUUUUAGUCUCACUCAUUCGUAUCAUUUGCCAAGAGCAGCGCUCUUCAUUUUGUCCACUCGUUAGUUCAUUCGUUCAAUCAAUCUUUCUCCAUCAUCAUGAAGUCCUUCGUUGUGCUCUCCCUCCUCGCCACGGCACUCGCCGCCCCAGCCAACACCUUCCAGGAGCGUCAACUCGAUCUCUCGUCGUUGACCUCGGCCCUGAAGUCGACCUCGUCCGGUGCGGCCGGCUCAUCCGGCUCGACUGGCUCGACCGGCACCGCCACCACCAGCGGCUCCAGUGGGCUCAGCGCCCUGGCCUCGCUGUUCCCGUCGUCCUCCGCCACCACCAGCAGCAGUGGCAGCACCAGCAGCAGCGGCAGCGAUGAUGGCCUGAGUGGUAUCAUCAGCAGCUUCACCAGCGGCUCUUCGACCGAGAACGGCGUGACCUCCCACACGGGGGCAUGCAAGGAACUGACCUUCAUCUUCGCGCGCGGAACCACCGAGAUCGGCAACAUGGGCACUGUCGUCGGACCCGAGGUUGCGUCUAAGCUGCAGUCUCUGACUGGCAACCAGGUCACCGUGCAGGGUGUCAACUAUGCAGCUGACUGGGCGGGAAUCAUGAGCAUGGGCUCCGACGGCGGCACGGAGAUGGUCACGUACGUGAAAGAGGCACUCAGCCAAUGCCCCAACACCAAGGUCGUGCUGGGCGGCUACUCGCAGGGGUCGAUGGUGGUGCACUACGCGGCGAACCAGCUGAGCGCGGGCCAGGUGACGGCGGCGGUGCUCUUCGGCGACCCGUUCAAGAUGCUGUCGGUCGGCAAGCUGGCCUCGUCCAAGGUGAAGGAGUUCUGUGCGUCGGGCGAUCCCGUCUGCGAGAAUGGCAUGAACGUCAUGGCGCAUCUGUCGUAUGGGUCCGAUGCCACUGCGGCCGCGGAGUUUCUGGUGCAGGCGGCCGGGGUUUCUUCUUAAGGUUGCAAACUUCUGAAGGAUGAAUUUCAGGAUGUGGAGAUGAUUUGCUGGGUAAGUGGGAAAUGAAGAAGAGAGGGGAGAAGAGGGGGUGGGUUUGGGUUGAGCUGGGAUGGGUGGUCAUGGUGGUGAUGGCUAUGUAUGUAUGUAUGGGUCUAUGAUGUUAUUUUUGUGCUGUGG